AUGAAUCCGCUCCGCCAUGAAUUUAUCGCAUCAUGCCUCUACCAGUCGCAAACACACCAUCCUCAAGAACAACAGCCAAUAGAACCAGAGAGGCAGUCACUUAGUGAUAGCCCUGGCCUAAAUUAUCUAGAUAUAGGCUGUGGCGGAGGAAUAUUUGCGGAAUCACUCGCUAGAACCAUCCCGCUUACACCCUCGGGAUCUCCAACGAACACAAACGCUUCAUCCCUUCUUGCUAUCGAUCCGUCGCCUGUAAUGAUCGAAAUUGCUCUAUCACACGCCCGUAAAGAUCCAACACUACACAAUCACCUCCAGACUGGCAAAUUUCAAUAUAAGAACACGUCUCUCGAAGAUCUAAUAGAUUCCACCACACCUACCACUACCGAUGCUACAACCACCAACUCCUCGGCUACUGAUACCCAAAGAUUCGACGUAGUCACCCUCUUUGAAGUUCUUGAACAUGUUGACCCGUUAACAUCAUCCCCACAAGCCUUUUUAAGGAACUGUCUUCGUCUUUUAAAACCAGGCGGGUGGCUAGUUGGAUCAACAAUCGCACGAACUUUGCCUUCAUACGUUGUCAAUCAGGUUAUUGCCGAAGCCCCGUGGCCAAUUGGUGUUGUGCCGAAGGGCACCCAUGAGUGGAAUAAAUUCGUCAACCCAGAAGAAUUACAUGAGUGGGCAGAGAUUGAAGGCUCGUCAAACAUAGAGUGGACGUGUGUUGGUGCUAUGUAUGCUCCUGGUCUCGGAUGGAAGAUGGUCCCCGGAUCAGAGAAAUGGGGCAACUACUUCUGGGGCAUAAGGAAGCUCUGA